AGGGCCAGAGUCAUCCCUGCUGCAGUGGCAACAGGGACAGUGGCAGUCGUGGGGACAAUAUGCUGGUCAGGGGGCUUCCCCUGCGCUCAGUCCUGGUCAAAGGCUGCCAGCCCCUCCUGUGUGCCCCUCGGGAGGGCCUGGGGCAUCCCAGGGUGCCCACUGGAGACGGAGCCGGCAUCUCCAGUCACAGUCCUCGCCCCUUCAAUGAGAUCCCUUCCCCUGGUGACAAUGGCUGGCUAAACCUGUACCAUUUCUGGAGGGAGAAGGGCUCAAAGAAAAUGCACUAUCACCAACUCCAGAAUUUCCAGAAGUAUGGCCCCAUUUACAGGGAGAAGCUCGGCAAUGUGGAGUCAGUGUAUAUCAUUGACCCUGAAGAUGUGGCUCUUCUCUUUAAGUUCGAGGGUCCCAACCCAGAACGAUACCUCAUCCCGCCCUGGGUCGCCUACCACGAGUAUUACCAGAAACCCAUUGGAGUCCUGUUUAAGAAGUCCAGAGACUGGAAGAAAGACCGGUUAGCCCUGAACCAGGAGGUGAUGGCUCCAGAGUCCAUAAAGAACUUCAUUCCCCUGCUGGAUGCUGUGUCUCGGGACUUCGUCAGCAUCCUGCACAGGCGCAUCGAGCAGCAGGGCUCCGGAGAGUUGUCAGGGGACAUCUGUGAAGACCUGUUUCGCUUCGCCUUCGAGUCCAUCACCAACGUCAUAUUUGGAGAGCGCCUGGGGACACUGGAGGAGACAGUGAACCCCGAGGCCCAGCAGUUCAUUGACGCUGUCUACAAGAUGUUCCACACCAGCGUCCCCAUGCUCAACUUCCCCCCGGGCCUGUUCCGUCUGCUGAGGACCAAGACCUGGAGGGACCAUGUGGCAUCAUGGGACAUAAUUUUCAGUAAAGCUGAAAAAUACACCCAGAACUUCUACCAGGACCUGAAACAGAAAAGAGACUUCAGCAAUUAUCCGGGCAUCCUCUACCGCCUCCUGGGAAGUAACAAGCUGCCGUUCGAGGACAUCAAGGCCAACGUUACUGAGAUGUUGGCAGGGGGCGUAGACACGACAUCCAUGACGCUGCAGUGGCACCUGUACGAGAUGGGACGCAGCCUGAGGGUGCAGGAGAUGCUGCGGAAGGAGGUCCUGACUGCACGGCGCCAGGCCCAGGGAGACAUGAACAUGAUGGUGCAGCUGGUCCCACUGCUCAAAGCCAGCAUCAAGGAGACCCUGAGACUCCACCCUAUCUCCGUGACCCUACAGAGAUACAUCACAAAUGACUUGGUUCUUCGAGAUUACAUGAUUCCUGCCAAGACAUUGGUGCAGGCGUCCAUCUAUGCCAUGGGCCAAGACCCCAACUUCUUCUUAAAUCCGCGCUGUUUUGACCCGACCCGAUGGCUGGAUAAAAACAAGGACCUCGUCCACUUCCGGAACCUGGGCUUUGGCUGGGGUGUGCGGCAGUGUUUGGGCCGGCGGAUCGCCGAGCUUGAGAUGACCCUCUUCCUCAUCCGAAUUCUGGAGAACUUCAGAGUUGAAAUCCAACACCUCAAUGACGUGGACACCACAUUCAACCUCAUCCUGACGCCUGACAAGCCCAUCUACCUGACCUUCCGGCCCUUAACCCAGGACCCACCCCAGGCAUGAUCAGAGAGGUGGUGUGGGAAGGCCGGGGGUGGGGCCGUGGAGGUGUUCGCAUCUUCAGUCCUGCUCCUUUCUGGCCGGCUCCGACAGGUGGAGUUGGCCCUCAGUGGUCAACUGCCCCGCUCAGCUGAGGCUCUCCCUUUCCCACCCCCACCCGCCCGCCCACCCUAUGA